CCAGAACACGCAGAGAAGAGAGAGAGAGAGAGAGAGAGAGAGAGAUGGCAGCCAGCAGCAUGAGCAGGGACGAGAGGUGGAACCUGGCCGGCGCGACGGCGCUCGUCACCGGCGGCAGCAAAGGGAUCGGCCACGCGAUCGUGGAGGAGCUGGCGGGGCACGGGGCGCGGGUGCACACGUGCGCCCGGAGCGCCGCGGAGCUGGAGGAGUGCCGCCGCCGGUGGGAGGCCAAGGGGCUCCCGGUCACCGUCUCCGUCUGCGACGUCUCCCUACGCACCCACAGGGCGCAGCUCAUGGAGACGGUUAAGCAGGUCUUCGACGGCAAGCUCGACAUUCUGGUAACCAACUAUCUCAGCGUAGUUUUUUUUUCCGACAAAGGCCGCUUUUCAUCGGCUCGUAGUAAGCAUCACGGGAUACAAGCACAAUAA